AUGCUUUGUGGGAUUGCCAGAGGCAACCGAUCAAUUGAUGGCACCUUCGAGUCGUGCGUGCUUUACAACAAUGUGCGACUACGUGCCCCAAUAUCGCCUCCCAGAGCAAGGGCGCCUGAAACGAAUCCUCGCACUGGCUAUCGUCCCAUCAACGGGUCAGUCAGGCUGUGCGUCGACAGUUUGCGAUCCAUCCAUAACGAGACCGUCAACGUUUACUCCCACCUGGUGCCAGCCACAAUCGCCCUCUCCAACAAUGGCUUCCUCCACCAGUACUUCCGUGGCCGCUACCCCACUGCGUCCCUGGUGGGCCAGCUGGCAUUAUACGUCUACUUGACUACCUCGGUCCUUUGCCUCGGGACCUUAUCCAUCUAUCACACCCUUCUCUGCCAUUCGGAAGCUUAUUCGGAUCUUUGGGGCUGCCUGGAUUACGUGGCUAUCAUUCUCCAGACCAUUGGGUCGUUCGUUUCGGGAAUCUACGCCAUAGUAGUUAUCCUCGUUAGCCCUCGGUUCCAGAGCAGUCGCUGGAGGAUGCUUCGGCUCUCCAUGUUUGUUGCGACGGACCUCUCAGGAUUGUUACCCAUCAUCCAUGCCGCCUCAAUUUAUCCAUAUGCCCGGUUGAACCAGCAGGCGGGCUUGGGCCACUACCUGGUCGAGGGCCUGACACUCAUUAUCGGGGUGGUCUUUUAUGCGUUCGAUAUCUGGGGAGCAUCACACCAGAUCUUUCACCUUUUCGUUUUGCUCAGCGCUGCGAUCCAUGUCUGGGGAAUUCUCAGAGUGUUUGAUUUGAUCUACAAGAACCCGCGGUGCUAA